AUGGAUUUUGUUAAGGCGAGACUACUGGACGAAGAGUUAAAAAUUAAAGGUAAUGCACAUUCAUUGCCAGAUGAAACUUCCAUCAAAGCUAACCAGGACGGAGGGUGCUAUCAGUGUGGUGACAAAACUCACUUCAAAAUUAACUGUCCCAAACUCAUAGGUGCAAAUAAUUAUAGAAACAGAGGAGGACGAUCCUACAGAGGUCAGUCUAAUAGAAGCCAAGGUUACAGAGCUGAAGGUACUCUUCCUACAACAUUUAAGGAAGCUAAACAAUUUCAAGAUUCGACUGAAGCUAUUGAAAAAGAAUUAAAAGCUCAUGAAGAACCCAAAACUUGGACACCACAAGAUUUACCUGAUGGAGAAGUCGCAUCCAGUUAUAAUGAAAGUUCUUGUAUCCUCAAAGAAGACAACAUGGACUUUUCAGUUAGACCAAGUGAGGUUAGUGCCAAAAGAAAAAUCAGUAAUCAAAUCGGUGAACAUUUUAUGGAAACAACAUACAGUUUUGAACAGGCCAAACUGAACUCUUCUAUAGAAGCCAAUUCAGUUUUAGACUAA